AUGCAGCAUGCACCACCUGGUUGGGGUGGUGGACAACAAUAUCCACCACAUCCAAGGAUGGUACCGCCUAUGAUGAUGAGACCACCGCCCAUGAUGGGAUUAAAUGGUUCAAUGAAAAAUGAUGACGGUUAUGGUGGCCCUGCCGGUCAGGACAAGAAAACAUUGUGGAGCGAACACAAAGCGCCUGAUGGUCGAAUUUAUUAUUACAAUUCGAUUUCGAAAGAGUCCCGAUGGGAAAAGCCCGAUGAAUUGAAAUCAUCUACCGAAGUUCUGUUAACCCAAUGUCCAUGGCGAGAAUAUAAAUCCGAUAAUGGACGUAUCUAUUUCCAUAAUAUUGAAACGAAAGAAUCUCGUUGGACAAAGCCUAAAGAAUUAGAAGAUAUUGAAAAAAUGAUCGCGCAACAACAAUCAACAGUAACUGAUGACUCACCCAAUAGUACUAGUUCACCGGUAACACCAAUGCCACCCAUGAUGCCACCCUUCAAUCUCAUGCCACCUUCGAUGGGUAUGCCAUACGGUGCGUAUCCUCCCGUUGCAAUGAUGUCUGCUGGCAUGCAAUCAAUGAUCGACUCACCCUCAAAUGAAAAUAGUCGUGACGAUAGUGAAGAUAGUCAAAGUGACAGCACGGAUACUAAUAGUCCAUCGAAAGCAAACGAACCACCGGUCAAAAUCGAAUAUGCUUCGAAGAAAGAAGCCAUGGACGCAUUUAAAGAUUUACUACGAGAAAAGAAUGUCCCAUCCAACUCAACAUGGGAACAAGCUUUGAAAUUGUUCAGUACUGAUCCACGCUAUGUUGCGUUAAAACAUAUCAAUGAAAAGAAACAAAUAUUCAAUGCAUAUAAAGUUUCGCGAGUCAAAGAAGAGAAAGAAGCCGAACGAUUGAAAUUAAAACAAGUGAAAGAAGAAUUCGAAAGUUACUUGCAAAAUUGUGAACAUAUGAAUUCGACCAUAAGAUACCGCAAAGCAGAACAACUGUUCGGACAUCUACAAGUAUGGACAGCUGUACCAGAACGUGAACGACGAGAAAUAUAUGAUGAUGUUGUGAAUUAUCUCGAAAAAAAAGAAAAAGAAGAUGCAAGGAACCUAAAAAAACGCAACGUCAAAGCAUUGAAAGACAUUCUCACUAACAUAUCCAAAAUCACUUACAAAACAACUUGGCAAGAAGCUCAACGAUACCUGCUCGACAGUAUUGACUUCGUCAACGAUAUUGAAUUGCAAAACAUGGACAAAGAAGAUGCAUUGAUUGUUUUCGAAGAUUACAUACGACAAUUAGAGAAGAUUCAUGAAGAAGAUAUAGAAAUCCAAAAGAAGUAUCUCCGACGUACAAAUCGACAAAAUCGCGAAGCAUUUUUAGAUUUUCUGGAUGAAUUGCAUGAACAAGGCAAACUUCAUUCCAUGUCAUUAUGGAUUGAUCUGUUUAGUAUUAUAUCCAACGACGAACGAUUCAGUCAAAUGCUUGGUCAACCGGGUUCAACGCCAUUAGAUCUGUUUAAAUUCUAUGUCGCUGAUUUGAAAGCUCGUUUUCAUGAUGAAGAGAAGAUUGUGAGAGAAAUCUUGAAAGCCAAGGAUUACACUAUUGAAACCGAUUCGACAUUUGAGAAAUUCGCAGAAGUUAUCUCUGCAGAUAAACGUGCUGUUUCUCUCGAUGCUGGAAAUAUUAAAUUAGCAUUCAACCAUCUAAUGGAGAAAGCUGUACUGAAAGAGAAGAAGCGCUUGAAAGAAGAGAGUCGAAAACAAAAACGAUUGGAAUCGAAAUUUAAAGAAUUGUUAAAACUGAAAGUCGAAUCGUUAAGUGAACAAACAACAUGGGAAGAUGUUAGAGGACAGAUUGAAAACGAUAAAGAAUACCAAGCACUGUCAUCGGAUCUCGAUCGUAUGCGUCUAUUUGAUGAAUAUCAACAACAAGUGAUCGCUAAUGGUUCAAAUCAUACUCAAAAACGAAAAAAGAAACGUAAACAUGAAAAACAAAGUUCACCACAAGAAUCUGAAGAUGAAGAGCCAGCAAAAACGUCAGCCGCAACGGAAAGUGAUGAAGGUGAAGCAAAAGAUAGUGACGAAGAUAUCGCUAAUUCAUCUUCGACAACAAAGCACAAGAAGUCGAAAAAGAAGCAUAGGAAGAAAAGUGCAUCUAGUCAUUCAUCAAAUGAAAGUGCAUCCGAUGACGAAAUGGUGAAGAAGAAAAGGAAGAAAGAUAGCUGA